AUGGCGAUCGAAAAAGACACAACGGAGGUUACAGCGGGAGAGGCCGCCACCUCUUCUUCUCUUCAUUCGAAAGACAACACCACCGAUAAUGCGGACGGCAAACGCCCACCUCCGUUGCUCGCCAAGCUGAUUGCCGUAUUGCUCAUUUCGUGUAUUAGCUUCGGGUCGCACUGGAGCAGUGGCGUUACAGGCGCCAUGAAGAGUACCUUGAAAAAGGAACUGCAUAUCACAAACACCCAAUACUCCCUCCUAACAGCAAGCGAGGACUUUAUGGCCACCGCUCUUCUUCUCGUUGGUGGUAUCAUAACAGAUCGAGUGGGAGGCGCUCGGAUGAUUGUUUAUGGAAAUGCCGUUUAUACCAUCGGUUCCAUCUUGGUCGCCGCUGCGACCACAGUUCGAUCUUUCAAAUUCAUGAUCGGGGGGAGGAUUAUCCUUGCCUUUGGUGAUAUUGCAACCCAAACGGCUCAGUACAAGAUGUUUUCAUCGUGGUUUGCGCCGAGUAACGGAUUCGCUUCCACUCUCGGAUUUGAACUGGCAAUUGGCAAGAUUGGAGGUUUCGUUGGAAAGUCAACAGCCAACAUUAUCGCCAAGAACACGGGCAACUUUGCCUGGGUCUUUUGGACCUCUGUCUUCAUGAAUCUUUUCACAAACGCCGCGACAUGUUUCUUCUGGCUAUUCAACCGUUACUGCGAUCGGAACUAUCGGGGUCGCCAAGAUACUGCCACCCAGGAGACCCUGACUGAAAGGAACAAGAAGUUCGAGAUUCGGAAGAUGUUCCAGCUCCCGUGGAUGUUCUGGGCAGUUCUCGCUUUUUCGAUGUUCCAGACCAGUACCGCUAGCGUUUUCAGCUCGAACGCUACAGAACUGGCCGAGAAACGGUUCGAUGUGGAUGCAAUCAAGGCCGGGUGGUACAGCGCAUUGGCUCAAUAUGCUGGUUUUUUCCUUGUUCCCUGCCUGGGAGUCUUCAUUGAUGUUCUUGGCCAUCGUGCCUCUGUUUUGUGCGUGUGUGGACUGGGCAUCUUUAUCAGUAUGGUACUGGUGAACUUCGCCGCAACCAGCCAGGGGACGGCGGCAGCGUUCGGGAUAUACGCGGUUGCAGUGUCCCUGGGUCCGACAUCAAUUAUCGAUGGCAUUCGCACGACCCUCUGGCAUCAAUCUGUUUUUGGCACCGCGUAUUCCCUCAAGGUUACCAUGAACAACGCGCAAGCGCUAACCCUGUUCAGGAUGACCAUAAUCAUUGGCAUCAUUACUGGUGCUCUCCAGGAUGCUGAUAAUGAUUCGUACCACCGAUCUGUGCGAGUCUAUCUUUUCCUCGCUAUCUGUUGCUCGAUCAUCUCCAUCCUCCUCCUGGUCGGCUCGAUGGUCGGCCGCAAUCUGGCUCCCUUGCAGUGGACCCGCAAACAACGCCUUACCAUUGGUCCCGAGUUCAUCAGUGAGCUUCGGGAGUACCAUCUGGUGACACACUGCCAGCGUAGCCUACCCGCCAAGAUCAUCGGGAUAGACUUGAUGCCAAUGCGUCUUCCACCCGAAAUCAUCCAACUCAUCAUUGAGUCGAUUAUACCACCAGACCCGCCAGUGGCCUACCCUAUCUUCUCCGGGGAAAUUGAUACGCUAGUUAACUUGACGUUGGUUUCACGGUUCACUUGCCAGAUCGCGAGGCGUCUUCUGAUUAACCACUGUCUGCUCAUUGACCACGAGGACUCCUUGAAGAAGCUUCUCGAAUGCAAGCCAGCAGCCCUAAUUGAUGAAAGGUUUGUUGGACCCGGGGCAGAUAUCCAACAGAAUGUUACCACUGGACUUGUACUGGCCCUGCUCGAGCCCGACAAGCCUUCUGUGGCGCAAAAUAUCGAUACGCUCUCAUUCUACCUCUGUCGCCGUUUGACCCGGCUGGUGGUCGAUUUGCCAAUGCGCUUCUUUCACCCUGCGCUAGAUGGUUACGGAGUCCGCCCAAUGCUCCGUAAAGCGUUCUUACGCUUGACACAGUUGGAGGAAUUCUGCUCAGCCGCAGACGAUCUCUGCCUUGACACGCUAGGUCUGCCUCAGGUCUGGGAAACGCCUUCGGAUCAGUUGGAUGAAGAGGACUACGAACCAGCGGUGUGGUCCCUCUGGCCUCGUCUGCGCCGCCUCGCACUGUGCGAAGUUGAUGUGACAUCUAUACAGUUCAUCGACGGGCUCCGUCGGUGCUCGAAUUUGACGCAUCUGGUACUUGUUGCACCUUAUGGCUUGGAUCGACCUGUCCGAUCUGGCUGGCAGGCAACCGAUUUCUUGCCAUCACUGGAACGGCUUUUGAUUGUAGAUACAGCCGAUGAAUUCGAGAUGGUGCAAGCCAAGGAUCACCUUGGGGAAGAUUCGGGAUUUGUGCGACAAUUGUUCCAGUGCUACAAGGACCGAGAGAAGGAAAAACAGCAGGACUGUAGCAAGGACGAGACAAGCGUGAGUUUCGACUCGCUUGUGAAGAAAAUCGCCUUCCCAGUGCCCACGUAUCGCAAGGGGGACGACGACAUCAUCUGCCACGGAUGGCUUCUCGACGCGAGUAUUGACGGAACCAUCUGGACUGAGCCAUAUGGGAUCGGCAGGCGAUAUCUGACUUACGAUUGA